UUCAUUUAUCAUGCGACUGGGAAAAACCACAAGUCCAUCAACAAACGCUCGCUUAUCCCCUCUAUAGAAGGCGUCGAAUUCGUUCAAUCCAACCCAUCGGUAGGAAGACCUCCUGUCACCUUCAUGGAUACCCCCGGUCUGGAUGCUUCAGCGGAUUCGGAUGCAAGGACUCUAAGCGAGAUAGCUCUGCAACUUCAACAGCUGUCUCUAAUUAAGGCGGUAGUUAUCGAGAUAAAAUACCCAUUGCCGGGAUCUUUUGCGGAAUUAUGCGGUCAGCAAGCAAUGUCAAACCUAGUUGUUGUCACCACCAUGUGGAGCGAGGUCCCAGAGAAAAUUGGAGGGAAGCGCGAAAAACAACUAAAGGAGGAGUUUUGUAGAGAGAUACUGGGUGAAUGUCAAAUGGCCCGAUUUACCAAUGAACCACAAUCCAGUUGGUCGAUAGUCGACCGCUUAUUGGGGGAGUCUCCUGCUCCGCCGCUUACUAUACAAACGGAAUUAGAAGACAAGAAAUUGCCUAUCCACGAAACUAGAGCUUCAAUCCAGCAGAAAAAUUCGAAACAAGUCAUACCUGGAGGUCUAUUGAGUCGAUUACGGAAGCUUUUCAAGAAGAAGUAA